AAUGCUGUGGGCAUGUUUUGCAAGAGCUCUGACUGCCUUUGCUGACUGCAGUGACAAUAUACUCACAUUGUUCAGUCUCUCAUCUCCCUUCCUUUUAGAAUAUGCAGCAAUAAACUCCAUGCUGGAUCAGAUCAACUCCUGCUUGGAUCACCUAGAGGAGAAGAAUGAUUAUCUACACGCCUGCUUGAAAGAACUGCUGGAGUCCAACCGCCAGACCCGCCUAGAGUUCCAGCAGCAGAGCGAGCAGCAGAAUAUGGAAGCUGACAUGCAGGGAUCGCAGCCUCCUGUCUAGCAUGCUGGCCGCAAACUCUCAGUUGGCAUUGCUAAGGGGACAUUUACUGGUCACCAAUUUAACGUAAAACUUGAAUAGAAGAGGUACCGCGUGCCCAUUACUUGUUCCUCCCCGUGGUUGUGUCCUGCCAUUCACCCACAUGUUGUUUUUCUUUAGCUGUGUGAUAGGUGCAGAAGCACACAGGUGGAUGUAGGAGAGUUGGUUCUUUUUGCUCGCCCACAUGAGCCUGGCACUGACACUUGGUUAAAGCUGGCUGUAGGAAACCUGAUGCCAUGCAGGUUAUUUGCAGGCAGGUCCUCUUCACAAAGAGGAAAAACAAUCUCUCCUCUUUUGCACUUGUUAAAUCCAAGAAAGGAGUGUUAUGGCUCUAGCCUCUUCCCUCAAAAAGCACUGUAGGCAGGGGCUGUCCUGAUUCCUGGCUUGCCCCUAAGUGUGACUCUGGUGACAGGCUUUGAGAGCGGGGUCCUAGGCCAGCUCCUGCCUUGAAACUACAGCUUCCCCAUUAUUCACAUUGACUGUAGCAUAAGAAAUAUUGGCAGAUGCUCCGAGAUCACUGGACUCUUCUGUCCCCUACCAAGACAAGCUACCAGGGUGAUGUUUUUGACUGUUAUAACUAGGAGCUGCCUAACUCCUUAAGCUGCCAUUAAAGACUCAGUCUUUAGAGAGAGGCAGAGCAGCCUGGUUAGCCACCACCACAGCAUUAGCUAUACAGAGCAAAGAGGCAGGGGCCUGCUGGCUGUGAGCAGAGUCCUCCCUGUACAUUUUGACAAGAGUACACAGGAGCAUUCUGGUCUGAAGCUUUGCCGUCUUGUCAGGAUGGCCUAGGGCCAGUGCUGGGAAGCAAGUCCUACUGCUGUAGAGUUAAAGGAGUUUUUUGGAAAGUUAAAGAAGUUAUUUAUAAGAAAUCUGUUUUAUUAAAAUCAAUUUAUUCCUGAGAGUCUCCACUGUGAGAACAGACUGCAUGAGGCCUGAGGACCAAGAUGCACAUUCUUGCCUAGCUUAGGACACAGUGCUUGUCCAAGAGUGUGCAUCUUUGAAAGGAAACUGUUCUGAGGAGCAGAACUGGGCACACAGUCUCCCAAGAGAUAAACCUUUCCUCUGCAUGGAAAGGAAACGAGAGGAACUACAAAGAAUUCAAUAACUCUGCAUCUAUCUACUUCAUGAACUUUGUCCCCCGUGGAAACCACAUUACCAUCUUCUUUCAAGUUCAACAAUCCAAGCCUCAGUCUUUCCAUGUAAUUGUUGUAUCACAACUGUACAAGUAAUAACCAACACCAUCCUGUAUUAGACACGCUAA